AUGGCGGCGUCGACGGUGCCAGAAGGAAGGAAGACGACGUCGAGUUGCACCCCAGAGAUUGAGCAAUGCUCCCACGUGUUUGAGAUCCACGGGUACAAACUCCACGAGGGCCUUGGCGUCGCCAGAGCCCUCUGCUCGGCUGCCUCCGCCAUCGGCGGCUACGAGUGGACCAUCUCCUACUACUCCGACGGGUACUGGGGGCAAGAAUCGAGUGGGUAUGCCUCCGUAUUCGUCGACUUCAGGAGCAACAAAGCCUGCCCUAAAGGGGCUAAGGUGAGGGCUUUCGUCCGCUUCGGUGUCGUCGACCCGGCCACCGGCGCGUGCGAGUACAUCACCCACGGCUUCCACAUUAAGCACACCGUGCUGGACCCUACUAUUGCAAGCCAUUCCUGGGGCUUUGGAAAGUUCAUCAAGAAGCUGCAUGUUGUGUACCCGAAAGCGCUUUAUGGGCUCAUCGGUGAGAGGAAGACCAGGCAUGGCCACAUAACCAUCCAAGAUAUGGAGCCCGGUGUUUUCAAGGCAUUGCUUCACUUCAUCUACACCGACUCACUCUCACUACUAGCUGCCAACGAUGAUUGUGAUCUUGAUGAUGAGGGAGUAGUCAAUCAUUUGCUCGUGGCUGCAGAUAGCUCACGAAAUAGGAUCAAGGAUGUUAUAGCAACCAAAGGAUAUGAGCACCUAAAAAAAGCAUGCCCUUCUAUCGCCAUGAAUUUAUUGGAGGAAGCUGUUAAGUCUUCAGUGUGCUGA